UUAUUUUGGUGGAGUCCCCCAUGGUUUUCAUUGCGCUGUUCCUUAUCAAAUGAAAUCGCAACAGUCCACGCUGCUAUCGGCCGGAAGUGCGUGGGAACUCCUUCCAAAGAAUAAAGCCCAAGCUUUCGGUGAAAGUUCGUAAAAUAUUUCCACUGUAUUUGCGUACUCCAGUACUUUUCUCUGGUUGUGCAAAUGGCUGCAAGACUGAAUUGGGUUUUGUUAUGCAGCGCUAUACUUAGUGUUUUUCACUUAUAUUCUUGCUUCCACGACAGUGACGAAGCAAAUGGAGUUCAGCCUGAACUGAGAAUUUUCCAUCAGUCAUGUGCCCUGAAGAUGGACGAGGGUCCCUGCAAAGCUGCGAUGGACAGGUUCUACUUUAAUGUGGAGACUCGCGGCUGUGAGAAGUUCAUAUACGGCGGGUGUCAAGGCAACGCCAACAACUUCGACACCCUGGAAGAAUGCGAGGAGAUGUGUCUGAUGAAACCUGAUAAGAACCCCUGCCAUCUGGAUGACGAGCCGGGGCCCUGCCGGGGCCUGGUGCCGCGGUACUUCUUCAACCACGCCAGCGGGGAGUGCGAGCGCUUCUUCUACGGCGGCUGCUUCGGGAAUGCCAACAAUUUCAGGACCAAAGCCGAGUGCCAGGCCAAGUGCCACAAACACAGACACCAAAAUGACUCCUUUGCAGAAAGGGUACAUGCAGUUCACAUCAGCCUCCCAGAACCGAAGGAACCUGCCCCAGAAGCUGACUCCUUGGUGCUGGCGGUGCACGCCAACAUCUCCAAGCCCACCGAGCCCAGUCUGAGGCCUCUGCUUUCCACCGGUGAACCCCUGCCAGAGUUUUGCUUCAGUAAAAUUGACAGAGGGACAUGCAGCGACUCCAUUAAAAGAUUCAUCUACAACUCCAAGAGGAAACAAUGUCAGGUCUUCUACUACACUGGCUGUGGAGGAAACAAGAACAACUUCCCCUCCAAGUUAGAGUGCAUGAAGGCGUGUAUGAAAGAUCGUUUGAAAGUCCGGGCGAUACGGAUAAAGAAGACUAGACUCAAGAAGAUCAUCAAGUUUAAGUCUGUCUGAACGUAAAUCUCCACUCUGAAUUCUGCCAUUCAACACUACCUUUUUAAUUAAUAUCCAGCCUCUAUUUAUGUCUCUUUUCUAGCAUCUGCUGUAUUCAUCUUGAUGUGUAAACAUUGUCCUUGCUUCACUGUUUAGUUUUAGGAGAAUCGUGUAUAAUGUUUGCAAGACGUUACUCUCAUGUAAAUCAUUUUUUGUACUGAUGUUUUAAUCGAUUGCAGAAAACUUAUGAUUUGUCAACGAUUCUUACAACACAAAGGUAAAAGUAUGCAAAGUAAUUGCCUAUAAAUCACAGUGAGAGUAUUAUAAUGAAAGUGUUGGAACCAUGGAACCAGACUUCUGAACCAUGUAGUUUUCAGGGUGAAAGAUUUCUGAAAGAUUUGUACAAAAGAAACAUUCUGCUCUGUCUGAAUCAUGAAAACUGAGCCACAGGUACACAGCUAUUAACCAUAUCUGAUUAGCUGCCUUGUCCAAAAGGUAUUUCCAUCAUGCAAUUAAAACGCCUGAAUAAAUAAAUCAACAUGAAAAUA